AUGAUUGAAUAAUAUAAGGUUCAUGAAUAAAUUGGACAAGGAGAGUUUGGAAAAGUCUAUAGAGCAACCAAUCUUAUUACUCAAACUGUAGUUGCCAUUAAGAGUGUUGAUGUGGCUAAAUUUAAUGAAACACCAAAAUUACUUGAAUUAAGCAUGUAGGAGAUAGAAGUGCUUUAAAAACUUUAACAUUGUCCAUAUGUUGUCAAGUUCAUCGAAUUAAUUAAAACCGUUCAUCAAUAUCAUUUUGUUUAUGAACAUUGUUCUGGAGGUCCACUAGACAAAUUACUGCUAUUGUAAGGACAUUUUACAGAAAGAAAAUCACUAGAGAUCAUUUAUCAAUUAAUUUAAGCAUUCAAAGUCUUACGAGAAAACUCAAUAAUUCAUCGAGAUUUAAAACCCUCAAACAUUUUAAUACAUAAUGGAAUUUAUAAAUUAGCAGAUUUUGGAUUUUGUAAACCCAUCAAAAAUGAUGUUACCGCCACCAUGUUGGGUUCACCAAUCUACAUGGCUCCAGAAGUGUUAAGAGGACUAUCCUAUAAUAGCAAAGCAGAUAUCUGGAGUCUAGGAGCAGUAUUGUAUGAACUGUUGAUUGGUAAAUGUCCAUUUGAAGAGAAAUCUAUUGCUAAAUUAAUCACUGCACAAGAUGAAACCGAUUGGGUUAUACCUCCAUAAUUUCAUUUUACCAAAUAAACAAUCACCUUGCUAAAAUCAAUGCUUAUCAAGGAUCCCAAUAAACGAUGUACUUGGGAAUAUUUAUUUAAAAUUCCAUUAAAAAGUGAUGGUGAAUUUAGUGGAGAUUUGGAACUUUAUUCAGAUAAACCUGAAUAGAAUGUCCUAUAACCAUCCAAUACCAAUACUAACAAUGUUAGCAUAUUAUAAGAGAUUGUAAAUGAAAGAUGUAAAGUUUAAUUCAUGUGCUCAACUGCUCAUACUAUUUUGGAAUAGUCAUAGAAUAAAGAAUCUCCAUUAAUUGCUUACUAUUUGUUAUUGUUGGCUAAUAAUAGAGGCCAAUAAUUGUUAAGUGUCAUUAAAAACUAAUGCACUACAGCAACCGAGUAUUUUAGUUUAAACAAAUUAUCAAUUCACUUAAAAUAGUCAUAGGAUAAUAGAUUAUAAUCCAAUUUUGAAUUCACACGUUUGGUUGAAACUAUUGCUAAGGAAGUUGAUCAAUUGAAUAUCGGAUUGAAGGAAUACAAAGUGAUAUUAGAUGCAUAAUCAUUAGAAAUUAAAGACAAUUAUAGAUAGAAUAUCAAGAACUAUGUAAACCAAAUUAAAUAAUCUAAUUACGUUGCCUUCUUGGAUAACAACUAGGAAAAAACCCUAUUAACUCACUGUGUCUAAGUCUUAGAUGCCUUAUAAAUUGAUAAAUUUAUGAAUUCGAAUAUCGAUCCAACUAUGGAUGCUUAUUUAGAAGUCAGAUCAAUGACCAAAAAGUAGUUAUUAGAUAGAUUUGAUACUUUAUUAUGA